AUGUUCCUUGAGACUUUGUUGAGCGGUAUAUCUGACUCUUCCAAACUGACACUUAUUAUUAUUGCGACUUUACCACUCUUCUGGGUCGUUUCAGCCAUCUAUUCCUGUUGGUUCCAUCCAUAUGCAGAUAUUCCGGGCCCUCUUGGUGCCAGAAUAUCCAGGCUCUGGCUGGCAAAACAGGUCCUUCAGGGCAAUAUUGACAAUGUACAAAGAGCCCUUCAUGAUAAAUAUGGUCCCAUCGUCAGAAUCGCCCCGAACGAGGUCUCUGUUUCGGAUCCUGCCGCACUCAAGUUAAUCUACGCGGUCAAUGCAGGAUUUACCAAGACAGAUUUCUAUGCCCCUUUCGCAUCUCAUAUUUCUCCGAACGAAGACCUCUUUACACAAAGAGACGAGAAACACCAUGCGCACCGGCGCCGUUUGGUGAAUGCCCUCUAUUCGCUGAGCAGUGUCCUCGAGUCAGAGCGCUUCAUCGACGCAUGCACGGCGACCUUUAUGUCUCGCCUAGAAGAAUUUGUUGAUUCCGGUGAGACAGUAGACCUCGGCCUGUGGCUCCAAAUGUACGCGUUUGAUGUUGUUGGAGAGCUCUUUUACGGACGCCAAUUCGGGUUCAUGGAAACGAGGAGCGACUACGAGGGCUACAUCGAGUCUCUUGAUACUCUCAUGCCAGCCGUCGCCGCUGCAUCUGUUCUCCCGUCAUAUGUGCGGCCAUUUCAAGUACUGGGCCACCUCUUCCCUCAGGUUCACAAGGCCCUAGUCUGCUACGAUAAUAUUGUCAUCGCAGCAAAGCAGACCGUGAACAAUCGAAUGCAGCUCAUGCGAGAGGGUGGCGUGAAAAGGUCUGAUCUUUUGGACAAACUCUUCCGCAUAGCAGCUGAAAAAGAGGAGUUCACCACGGCGGAUGUGACAACCGAGGCGUGGGUAUCAAUGUUUGCAGGAUCUGACACGACGGCCAUUGCGAUGCGGUCCAUCCUAUAUAAUCUGAUGAAAGCCCCCGAAGCAUACGACAAGGUCAUGGCAGAGAUUGAUGCGGCAGCAGCGGAGGGCAGACUCAGCGACCCCGUGAAAUACUCCGAGGCCAUUCAAAUGCCUUAUUUUAUCGCCUGUUGCAAGGAGGGUUUUCGGAUGCACCCCAGCGUGGGCAUGUCUAUGCCUCGACAUGUGCCCCCGUCUGGCGUCACCAUCUGCGGCCGCUUCUUCCCCGGGGGAAGCCGUGUUGGGAUGAGCGCGACUGUCAUUCACUUCGAUCAAAAUAUAUUUGGUCAAGAUGCCAAAAUCUUUAAUCCAGACCGAUGGUUCCGUACUGGUGCGGAGAAUAUGGACCGAUUUAUGAUGCAUUUUGGUGCUGGACCGCGCACCUGCAUUGGGAAACAUAUAUCUCUAACAGAGAUCUAUAAGCUUAUUCCGAAUAUGCUUCGACAUUACCGGAUCGAGCUUGUCGAUCCGAAAAAAGAGCUAAAGACGCUCAACUUCUGGUUUAACAAGCAGGUCGGGCUAAAUGUCAAGGUUACAAAAAGGUAA